AUGACCAAAGACACAAACGCCUUGCCUGCACCAGCCUUCAGCCUUCCUGCCACUGCUAAGAUGCAGCAGUUACACGAUGAUGCCGUGCGCCACCUGAGCAACAACCCCCCCGACUGGCUGGACGCUGCCUCUCUCCUUGAUCUUCACAUUCAUGAGCUCCCCAUCGCCACGUCUUGUCUGGACAUGACUCUCGGAGAAACCGACCUCGUUUCGUGUCUCAAGGACGACGUGCUCACUGUCUAUGCUGUCCCACGUCCUGUUUCUCUCAUCCGCUCCGCUGAGCCAACCGGCAGAGUUGGCAUGAACGACUUCUUCACCGCUGGCCCUCAUUGGCAGACCGAAGUCCCUCAAUCCGAUCGUGGUGUGGCCAUGUUCUUGUCUUCCCUCAGAGUCUUUGCUCACCUGUUGAAGAGUAGCUCGAUCUCGGGCGAGCACAGAGACAGAGUCAUCUACGUUUUUGACCUGCUCUGCUCAUUCCCACCCGCCGUGCGCGCUUUGCACUUGUUGGUUCAAGGCCGCACCAUCACCCGCUUGGCAUGCGCCGCCUUGAGUCAGGCCUUCUACUGCAUUCUCGAAGACUUGGGCCACAAAAAGCUGAUCAAGAACGACAACGCCAGGCUCUUUGAAGGCGCCCGUCUUGUCCUUGGCCUGAUCAUGGAAAAGGCUAACCAACUCAAAUCCACAAACUUUGUUGUGCCCGUCUACUCGUUGCAUAUCCACAAGGUGCAAUUCCAGACUUCUGCACCAGCCGCGUUUCCUCAUCUCAUGCCUGUCGAUGGCCCAUCUUCUCGUCCUGCUACCUCGACCUAUGUGCAGCCAGACGCCGGUUCAGGAGAGAUGAACCUGGUCCUGCUCUCAGAGUCCAACCAGAAUGCCGUCAUCUUCAAUCCUCCCGACGACCUAUUCGCUCGCGUCCAGUCUUUGCAUGAAGUUGUCAGUCCUGUCGAUCUCCGCAACCUGCACCAGCUCGCCAAUCUAUGUGGCAAGGUCUCUCUAUCGGUUGUCAGACCCUCUCUGUUGUCUUCGGUUGCACCCGAGCACUUGACCUUCGACGCUGAGGGACACGUUGCCGUCUACACUGGCAAGGCUGGUUGUGCUGCUCCCGGAGAAGACACAGUCCUCUUUCGUCCCAUGCAUGGUGAAGAAACCCCGAAUGUAGGUCAUGUUGAGCAGCAACUUGCUCCCAUCCUCCAGAUAUACGAGCAGGAUGGCACCUGCGUCUUCGAUGUACUUGGUUCAUCCCAGACUCGCGCGCUUGCCGAGCCCGAUGAGAUAGUCAUGUUUGCUGUCGACUGCAGUGCCAGCAUGACCACCUCAUCCGAUCUGGUAGGCAUCGAUCACAAUGAGGAUACCGUACAAGAGCCAGACGUGUACGAAAUCUCGCCCGAUGUCUACACCAAAGUCAAGCUAGAUGAGACAAAGCGAUGGCUUUCAGAGCACGAGGCCUACGCAGACGUUAUCGGUGUCGUUGUCGAUUCUGCACUCGGCGCGAAGUCUGUUGUUGCAGCCAAGAUGCUGCGGCUGAUAUUCGAUUUGCUGAUUGAUCAGCUGGGAAAUCUUCACAAGGAAUCGUCUCUCAGCCACUGGCAACGCAGGAUGCAUGACAAGAAGAUCAAAGAACUCGAAACCUUCGCUGCUGGUCUCAAACGCUUCGACCAAGAACUCGUCGACAUAGUCAUUCUUGGUGCCAUGGCGGUGUCUCCUCAGAAGUGGACAUGGCGUCUUGGCCAACAAUUGCCCGGACGAUCGCAGAUUCCAGCUCUUCCAAAUGAAGUCACUCUCGUUCCAGCUGCCCUGAGGUGCCCAAUUAGACUAGAUCUCAUCGAGGAUCCUGUCAUGGCAGCUGAUGGUCAGAUCUAUGGCCGUCAAGCCAUCACUAAAUGGAUGUCGUACAAACGCUCGUCACCAUUGACCGGCUUGAUGCUCUCAGACACCGAAUUGACUCCAGACGGUCCAUUGGCUGAGCGAGCAGACAAAUGGUUACAAGCUGAGGACCUCGUGGAGCCCGUGGAACGUCCAGUCAGCAAGCGUCGCCGUACUUCACCUCGACACAAUACAAUGACAUUUUCGAACUCGUCUCACCACUUCACUCGUACACUCCCACCUACUACCACUCUGCUUGACUUGUUCAAGGUCGCAUUCCGUGGCAUGAAAGGUCGGCACAACGCGUUCCAGCUCCUGUGCCAAGGCGUACUUCUACAACCUACUGCCAAUACCAUUGCAAGCUCUGGGAUUUCGGGAGGGAGUUUCAUCGCUAUCGUUGUAGCCGAUGAUGCCAACACCGUUCCCAAUGAGACAGUGCCUCUGUGCUUGAUCAAAGUCUACUCGAACUACUCGCACAUGGCCUUUGCUUACUGGGUGCCCAGAGACACCGACAACACCUUCAUGUCUGUCGUGACCAAGUACUGGCGCUUCCAAUGGACAAGUCAGCCCUGGCUCAGCUACACCAAACAAGAAGUCUGGGCCGGCCUUGCGAGUAAUGGUGACAACCAUUAUCUCGGCACCCUUCCGACUAGUGCCGAGCUUCUGCGAGACUAUCUUACGGCCUACCACGCUUUUGGAUCCCUGCAUGCUGAGCCUGUCUACAGAAACCAAUCGACAGGCUUAUCUGACAGCCAUGGUUCGGACAGUGAGGAAGAUGACGAGGAAGAUAGCAAGCCUCUGGUUUUGAAGUUGCACAUCUCUCAGGUGUCCACACGCAAGAAGAGUGAACGCCGUCUGUCUCGUCUUGAGGUGUUGAAACAAUGCUUUGAAGCCAUCGUCAACAGAAUGAUUGCUUACUCGUACAAAACUCACAUUGGUCUGGUCACCUUCGACUCGUCCGCAAGAGUGGCACAGUCGAUAACCCAUGUGAUUGAAAACUUCCGAAGAAGUGUUGCAAACAUGCGUGCAACUGGCGAUACUGCUCUCUGGGAUGCGCUCAAGCUUGCGCAGACUCAGAUCAUGAAACACGCCGAGAAAUACCCUCAAGCACAACGCCGUAUUAUCUGUCUCUCCGACGGCGACGACAACAAGUCAGUCGCUGGCGUUGCAGAUCUCUGCUUCAAGCUUCGCGAGGACAAGAUCGCGGUCGAUUCUAUCUGUAUUGGAAAUGAUGACAACAUGGAUCUGAAGGCUCUCUCGAUCAUGCUCAGAUCCUACUGCUUCUACCCUAGAAUUCUGACCAGUGCGCUAGCCAUUUGCGAGAUGGAGCCCUUCCUGUCACAGACCGAACGCCCAGCACCAGAGGUAGCCACUGCUGAUCUGCCACGUACGUCAGCUUUGAAUAACUUCUACAUCACGCGCAACCGUGCCGAAUUCACUGUCGUCACCCAGGACGUGUUCCCCAAGCGCAAGGAACACCCAAGAUUGGAAGACACCUUCAUCCAACUCAGCAACAGCGUCCGUUCGAACGCUGGUACUCAGUCCCGCUUGCCUACGCUCAGAGCAUCUCGUCUUCUUGUGGAGAUGCGCGAGAUCGCAGCUGAUCCUCACCCGAUGUAUGACUGCUAUGUCUCCGAAAGUGACAUGUUUUUCUGGAAAGUCGUCAUGCAAGGCCCUCCUGAGACUCCCUAUGAAAACUGCAACUUCAUGCUCUACCUCGAGAUGCCCGACAACUUUCCCGCCUUCCCUCCAAAGGGCCGCUUCGUGACUAAUGUCUUCCACCCCAACAUCGAUCGCCACGGUCGUAUCUGCCACAGUAUCUUCGACCGCGACUGGACCACUGACACCACUCUGAAGAGUGUUCUCGAUACUGUCUACGGCCUCUUGCUCCAGGCUGAAGCCGGCGAUGCUGUGCACACCACCGUCACCCUCGGAUUCCAUCACGACGAAGUGGCCUUUGCGGAGGAAGCUCGCCGUCACGCCAGAAAGCACGGCAGCAAGUCUCGUGAGGAUUGGAAAUACGAGUUGCUCGAAAUCGACGAUGAGGAUGAUGAAGACCACGAAGGCGAGGACGAGGAAGAUUUGUGA